CAAGUGUCUUGCUGGGUCUGAUGACUCUAUUCUGUGGCAAAACUUGCAUAUUCCAAUGCGAUAUUAUUCAAAUCUGCCUGCAAAGGUUCAGUGACUACAAACUUUGAACACAACUAAUCUAUGAUAUAAGUUCUUUUUCUUUGAAAUUUAGCGAAACUUUAGCGAACAGUCAGGCGCAGAGAAAUGUUUGCGGUACAGAUGAACAACAGGGCUUGUCUCUUUGUUAUUUUGCUGCUCAGUAUUUUAAGCGAAGGCGCAGCAGACUGCACCGAUUCAAUAAUAUGCUGUAACAAACUAAACGAAAUACUGAUCAUUGCUGGUGUCAUAGCAGUUUGCUUCUUCUUUUUCAUCCAGUGCAUUGUCAUUGUAUGUCUGGCUAGUAAGCUGAGCAAGGUCCAGAAAAGGUUGGACGUAAUGAGUUUGUCCAGAGGAUCAAAUAAAUUGGGCAGCUCUUACCCUGUAGUAUCGUACCAUGAGAAUGCGCUGGAAGAAAAAGAGGAGCCGAAUGGGAAUCCUCGCGCUCGUCGUAUCUCUGGAGCCGUUCCAUCCGUUGGUGGACCUAUCAGAGCCAAUCCAAUUACCAUUUUUGACAACCCACAAAGCAAAGACCAGGAGAUUUGGGGCUUGUACUAAUUUAGGUGCUGGGCACCGGGAACCGAUUCAGAAUUUCCUAGGAUUCUAGCAUAGUUGUAGUUACAAUAACUCCUGGGCGGUCAUUUAAGCUUAUCAUAGAUCAAGAAACAUAAUUUCUUGUUAAUUUAGAUUUUCAAGUAAUAAAAUAUAUUUUUAUUUUUUUA